GAGGGUGGGGAGGAAAAGUAAGUAAGAAACUGGCGACGCACAAAGGCACGAAGGGAUUCGUGAAUCAAAGGGCGAUCCGUUCCAAUAAGGCAUCCGACCUGACAAUUCUAACCCAAGUAGUACCCAACCCCUCUGCUCUGUGCUGUUUAUUGAUUGUCAAUUCUCUACUUAAAACCAGGGCGUUACGUUUUCCAUAAACAAAACCCAAAAUCAAAAUCAAAAUCAAAAACAAAAAUAACGACAGAUAAAGCGAGAGAAUGAGAAGAAGCAGUAGUAGUAGUAGGAACGUUGGAUGGUCUGUUCGCUGUUUCUCCUUAAAUCCUCCUCCAAAAAAUUCCCAAUCCCUUCUUCUCAUCCUCUUCCUCUUGUUUUUCUUUUCUUUUCCUUUUUUAAUUUUAUUCAUUCCCAUUCCCCAAAUCUCACCGCACAUCUUUCUCCAUCACGAUGAUGAUGAUGAUACGAUGCAACGCAUCAAGUGAGCCAACAAGCGUGGAAACGACUUUUUGUUAAAGAGAGAGAAAACCUGGAGGAGGAAUUCUUCUUCGUUUUCUUCUUUUGCUUCCCUUUUCGUCAAUUCCAGAGACCCACAAUUUUUUUCCUUCCUUUCAAGCCCUAAUUGGGUUGGGUUUGGAUCGCCCUUCUGACCCUUGAGGCUUGCAAGCCUGAUGGAGGCUAGUAGCGGCGGAGGCGGUGGCGGCUCUGACGGGGAGAAGAAGAAGAAGGCGCCGGCGCCGGAGGGCGAGAUUAAGGUCAAGCGCAAGAUGAAGACUGCUUCCCAGUUGGAGAUUCUCGAGAAGACUUACGCAGUGGAGACGUAUCCGUCGGAGAAGCUGAGGGCGGAGCUAUCGGUGAAGUUGGGGCUUUCGGAUCGGCAGUUGCAGAUGUGGUUCUGUCACAGGAGGUUGAAGGACAGGAAGACGCCGCCUGCGAAACGGACGAGGAAGGAUGCUGCUUCGCCUGCUGCGGCUGCUGUGGCGCCGUCGUCCAGUGGGGCUGGAGAGGACAUGGCGGUGGGCGAAGUGGGGAAUGAGCAUGGUACCGGUUCUGCUUCAGGGUCGAGUCCGUUUGGUCAUGUGGAGUCCCAGCAGCGAGUUGUUCCCCGGACUGGAACUGCAAUUGCGAGGAUUUCAACUGAUAUGCCACCUAUGAAGAGGUACUAUGAGCCGCCUCAGGCGAUAUCAGAGCUUCGAGCAAUUGCUUUCGUUGAAGCACAAUUGGGGGAGCGGUUGAGGGAAGAUGGACCUAUACUUGGAAUGGAGUUUGAUCCCUUGCCACCGGGUGCAUUUGGUGCUCCAAUUGUGACAGCAGGGCAGCAGAAACCAGCCACAAUACCUUAUGAGCCCAACAUAUACGAGCGAUCUGAUGCUAAACCAAUCAAGGGCCCUGCAAGGGCACUCCAUGAAUACCAGUUUCUGCCAGAGCAGCCAUCUGUUAGAAAUGAUACAUACGAAAGAGCUGCUUCAUCUCACUACUUUGGUUCAGCAAUGGACGUUCCUAGUGCCAGAGGUGCAUUGUCCUCUGGCCGCUCUUUCAGUCAUGGCAAUGAGCCAGUGCCCCCUGCUUAUGGUUUUCAAGCUCAAAUGCCAAGUUUAAGUCUUUUCCCUCAUCAAGCCCGGCAGGGUCAUCUCGUACCAGCAACUUCAGCAGAGUAUGACAUUGGUCCACGAAAAAUCCCCAUUACAAACAUUAGUACAGAUACUCAUUUUGGUGCUCAUCCAAUAACCGGACUGGAAAAUCCAUUUGUUCCAUCUGAUAGGAGGAUUGCUCAUGAUGAGGACGGGCCUCGCAUUGAGAGGAAACGCAAGAAUGAAGAGGCAAGAAUAGCUAGGGAAGUUGAAGCCCAUGAGAAAAGGAUUCGAAAGGAGCUUGAGAAGCAAGAUAUCUUAAGACGGAAGAGAGAGGAGCAAAUGAGAAAAGAAAUGGAGAGGCAGGAUCGUGAGAGGCGGAAGGAAGAAGAAAGGCUGCUGCGUGAAAAGCAGCGUGAAGAGGAGAGGUACCAGAGGGAGCAAAGACGUGAGAUGGAACGGCGAGAGAAGUUCUUGCAGAAAGAAUCUAUCAGAGCUGAGAAAAUGAGACUAAAAGAAGAACUGCGCAGGGAGAAGGAGGCAGCAAGGCAGAAAGCAGCUAAUGAUAGGGCUGCUGCUCGUAGAAUUGCCAAAGAGUCCAUGGAACUUGUUGAGGAUGAACGUCUGGAGCUCAUGGAAUUAGCAGCUUCAAACAGGGGUUUGCCUUCAAUCUUGUCUCUUGACAGCGAAACUGUGCAAAAUCUUGAGUUAUUUAGAGAUAAGCUCAUUGAGUUCCCACCCAAGUCUGUGCACUUGAAAAGGCCUUUUGGAAUUCAGCCAUGGACUGAUUCUGAGGAGAACAUUGGGAAUCUUUUAAUGGUCUGGAGAUUUUUAAUAACUUUUGCUGAUGUGCUGGGGCUCUGGCCAUUUACUCUAGAUGAGUUUAUCCAAGCUUUUCAUGAUUAUGAUCCUAGGUUGUUAGGUGAGAUACAUGUAGCUCUUUUGAGAUCCAUAAUUAAAGACAUUGAGGAUGUAGCAAGGACGCCAUCUAGUGGUCUGGCAGCAAGUCAAAAUAGUGCUUCCAAUCCUGGGGGUGGGCAUCCACAGAUUGUUGAGGGGGCAUAUGCUUGGGGCUUUGAUAUACGCAGCUGGCAACGCCACUUAAAUCCAUUAACCUGGCCUGAAAUAUUGCGGCAAUUUGCUCUAGCUGCUGGAUUUGGGCCAAAACUUAAGAAAAGGAGCAUUGAACAAGGAUAUCUUCGUGAUGAAAAUGAGGGGAAUGAUGGGGAAGAUAUAAUCUCUAAUUUACGGAAUGGGGCUGCUGCUGAAAAUGCUCUUGCCAUUAUGCAAGAAAGGGGUUUCUCAAAUCCAAGGAGAUCUAGGCAUCGAUUGACUCCUGGAACUGUCAAAUUUGCUGCAUUUCAUGUUCUGUCUCUUGAGGGAAGUAAGGGUCUAACGAUAUUAGAAGUUGCGGACAGGAUUCAGAGAUCUGGUCUCCGGGAUCUUACAACAAGCAAGACACCUGAAGCAUCUAUUGCAGCCGCUUUGUCAAGGGAUUCAAAGCUUUUUGAAAGAACAGCUCCCUCAACAUAUUGUGUCCGCUCUCCCUAUAGGAAAGACCCUGUUGAUGCUGAGGCAAUUCUUUCUGCUGCUAGGGAAAAAAUUCAGAUAUUUAAAAAUGGGUAUCUCAAUGGAGAAGAUGCAGAGGAUGCAGAACAUGAUGAUGUUGAAAGAGAUGAAGACUCUGAGAGCGAUGUGGCCGAGGAUCCAGAGGCUGAUGACUUAGGUACUGAAUUGAAGCCAAAUUGUGAACCCCUUUCUUGUGAAACAAACAGGUUUCCAACAAAGACUCGGCAGGGAGAUGGAAAGGAAACCUCCAGCACUGUUUUGACAGAAACUCCGCAAGUUGGCCUCAAGAAUUUGAGUGAUAGCUCCCCUUUGAUGCAGUCUGAAACCUACAAGGAUGUAAAACACAAUGGUGCUUCUCUACAAACUGUGGAAGAUGCUGGGAUCUGCAAUGAGCCAGCUUCUGUUGAUCAAGAAGAUACAGUUAUUGAUGAAACCAACUUUGGUGAAUCAUGGGUGCAAGGACUUGUCGAGGGCGAGUAUUCUGAUCUGAGUGUUGAGGAACGCCUAAAUGCCCUUGUAGCUUUGAUAGGUGUAGCUAAUGAAGGAAACUCAAUUCGCAUUGUUUUAGAGGAACGUCUGGAAGCUGCAAAUGCUCUAAAGAAGCAAUUGUGGGCAGAGGCACAACUGGAUAAACGCCGCAUCAAAGAGGAGUAUGUGAUGAAGAUGCAGUAUCCAUCUUUUGUUACUAACAAGGGUGAACCACAUGUCCAAAUUUCUACCAUGGAGGGCAGGCAAAGUCCACUGCCUAUAGUUGAUGAUAAAAAUGGUGUGGCAUCAACAACCCCUGUUGUCCAGCAUGCUUACAUUAAUGACCCACAAAAUGGCUCAAACAAUACUGCAGAACGAAUUACACCAAUACAAGAGUUUUCUGCUGGAACUGAAAACCUUUCGCUCCUACAAGCUGGAUAUGCUGCUGAGAGAUCACGAUCACAGUUAAAAGCUUAUAUAGGUCAGAAGGCAGAGGAGAUGUACAUAUACAGAUCCUUGCCACUUGGGCAAGACCGGAGACGGAACCGAUACUGGCAGUUUAAAGCUUCUGCUUCUCGAAAUGAUCCUGGGUCUGGCAGGAUUUUUGUCGAAUUACGUAAUGGCUAUUGGAGGCUUAUUGAUUCCAAAGAGGGUUUUGAUGCUUUAUUGGCAUCCUUGGAUGUUCGUGGCUUAAGGGAGUUCCAUUUGCAUUCAAUGUUACAAAAAGUUGAAGUGUCUUUCAAAGACACACUGAGAAGUAACUUGGCAUCUGGACUAAGAACAGAUAGUGUCAAAGCAGACAUUUCUGAGAGGGCUUCUAACUGUCAAGGCAGUGCCGGUGCAGAUGGACCUGGUGUUAUCUGUGUUCCAAAUUCUGAUACAUCAGAACUCUCAUCAUCUUUUGAGAUUGAACUUGGACUGAAUGAAAUGGAGAAACAGGAUGCAUUUAGGAGAUAUCAAGAUUUUGAAAAGUGGAUGUGGGCAGAAUGCCUCAAUUCUUUUGUAUUAUGUGCUGUCAAGUAUGGGAAGAGCAGAUGCGAACAGCUGAUGACCCUUUGUGACUAUUGCCAUGACUUGUACCUUUUUGGGGAUAACCAUUGCCAAUCUUGUCACAGGACUUUUGAUACUUCAAACAGAGACAUAAAUUUUUCUGAACAUGUCUCACAUUGUAAAGAGAAAUUUAAGGAUCCUAGCUGGAUUUUGCGGGACUUGGAGUCAUCUCCUCCCUUGAGGAUCAGAUUACUGAAAGCACUAGUAGCAUUGAUAGAGGUGUCGAUACCUACAGAAGCUCUUCAACCUGCUUGGUCAGAGGGCUACAGAAAAUCUUGGGGUAUGAAGCUGUACAGAGCAUCAACAGCUGAAGACCUUCUUCAGAUUCUGACUUUAUUAGAGGGUGUCAUAAAGAAGGACUUCCUAUCUUCGAAUUUUGAGACAACUAGUGAGUUAUUGGGUUCUCAUAACCAAACAGAAUCAGCUGCUAAUUUAUUACUCAAUCAUGAGAUGGUUUCUGUGCUUCCUUGGGUACCUCAAACAUCAUCUGCUGUUGCACUAAGGCUUAUGGAACUUGAUGCAUCCAUUUCUUACACACUGCAAAAGAAAGUCGAUUCUCAGAAGGACAAAGGAGUUGGGGAUUUCAUUAUGCCCCUAUCCAAAUUUGCUGUCAUGAAGAAAAUACCAGAGGAUGAUCUGGCAGUAGAUCAUGAAGUAGAACGUCUGCAGGAAGAGCCUUGGGCUGACCAUGGGGGUGUUAACUCCAGCUCAGGGCGGGGACGAGCAGCACGUGGACGAGGGCGUGGUCGGACCCGUGGAGGAAGAUCUCAGAGAAAAGCCUCUAGCUCCAGAUCCGAGGCUGCCCAGAGAAGUGCCACAGCAAAUAAUGAGAGAUUUGGGCAAUUGCUAGCCUGGAAAGGGCGAGCACGUGCAAGAGGAGGGCGUAAGAGGGGUCGUCGAACUGCUAGGAGCAGGCAAAAAUCAGUGAAAAGGGUGGCAGAGAUUAGCAGCGAGAGAGAUGAACCAAAAGAUGUCAUCUUUGAGAACACUGUAAGAAGUUCACGUCCGCAGUGGAACAGGGAAGUAACCCCAGGGACUCAACCGGAGGUUACUGAAAAUGCUAGCAGCUCUGAAAGAUCGGAAUUUGAUGAUUAUCAGAGUCAACCGAUGGGGGACGAAUACGAGGAUCUAAUGGUGGAUGACUAUUCGGGAGUCUUCAAUGGAAAACCCGAGCACCUAAUUCAAGGAGUCGAUUAUAACAUAGAAGGUGAGGAAGAAGAUGAUGAUGACCGUGCUGAGGAGGGUGAUGAUGUAGACGACGAAGAGGGAGAUGAUAGCGAGGAAGAUGGACAAGGCGACACAGACGUUGAAAGAUACAUCAACGGCGACUCAGACGACGAUGGGGAUAGAGUUGGAGAGCAAACGGAUAACCACCCAGAUGAAGUUACAGGGUCAACAUCUUCAGAUUACAGCGACUGAAAGGCGGAUCUUCCAGAACUGUACUAAUGCACACGAAGUAUUUCAUAAUUAGUUUCAGAUCGUUACCCGUAGAAGCUAUAUAUGUGUAUGUAUGUAUGUAUGUAACUGGGUUUCAUAAGAUUGUUGUGUAGUUAUUAUUAUAGAAAGAUGAAUAGUUGGAAGUAAA